AUGGAUCUCGCGCCUGGUGUAGCGCCACAGUCCAGGUCCAACAGGGCUUCUGUCCAGACCACCAACACCAACGCCGACGCCCAGACCGACUCUACCUUGAGCCCCUACGCCUCCCCCACACGAUCGAGCUUCCAAGGUUAUGCUCUGGCUCCCAGGCCUCCUUCGCUCCCCUACGGACAGGGCCAGUAUCCUCCCGACGUCUUGGAGAAGCGCCGCCGACGUGCGAGCAAGAACAAAGAAGAGGACCGCGAGUACUCACACUCCGACGCCCGUACAUCAGCGCUCCCGCCUGCGCCAGAUGUGCCUAGGGCGUCCUCUUUAAACUACAGGCAUCCUUAUGGGAACGGCGGGCUACCUUACACCUACACCAAGGCUGCUGCCGAAGAGCCCGAUCUCCCUCUGAGUCCAGGCGUCAUGGACCCGGACUACUACCAUCCGGCGUCGGCAGACCGACCAACGCACUCCGACACAGUUGCAGGCUCAAGCUCGAACCGCCGGGUGAGCAGCGACAGCGCGGCGACUACAAGGAAUGGCAGUACGAGGGACCCCGUCAAUGGGCACCGAAAAUCAUCCUUGGGGAACGAGAUGGACCGCCGUAUGAUGGCCAACGCCCGAUCGCCUCUGCAGAAGCUUGAGCUCACGCUCGACAAUAUCACCAAGGAGGAAAAGAGAGCGCGAGUCGCGGCCGCCGAGCAACGCGCGCGGACGCGAGCAUCCCGGGACAGCAGAGAUCUUGGGCAGCAACCCGCGGUCCGCUUUAAGGAGGGAGAGGCUGAGGCUGAGCCCGAACUCGCCAGACCUCAGGUCUUGCCUGAUACAGUGCCGGUCCAGCCCGGCAUUGCGCCUCAAAGUGCGGGCAAGGAGAUGCCAAAGCGACAUGCAUCGCAGGCAGCGAAGACUGCGGCGCCAAAGAAACCUGUCACACGAUUCGCGCAAGAUACUGGUAUGCCGCAAAGGAACCUGAGCUUCCGUGAGCGAGCGGCUCGGGACGAGAUCAACUUGCCGAAUAGCAACGACCGUAAUAAUUCUCCCACGACCACGCCGACGAGCGGCUACUCGCUGGCUCGGAGCGGGAGCAACAAGUUGAAAAAGGAGCCCCCAAGCGACGCUGCUUACCAGCGGCGGGGCGACAAUGAGAAAAAAUCAGGACACGGUCCUCAUCGUGGGACGACCCAACCUCCAGAGCGCGUCUCAAGCCGAUCAGCUCGCAGUGGCCCAGAUGUCGAAAGGGAGUUCUGGAGAGGGACGGUGAUGAUUGUCACCCAGGACCAAGAUUCGUCUUACGACAUUGCCCCCACUCUGAGACUGUUUGUACAGCCGAUCGAGCUGCUACCCCCUCCGCCGUCCGAAGUCCGUGGAGAAAUCCCGCCUGAGUUCGUGGAUCCAAUCGCAGGGCAUCCGAAGUUAGGCCGUAAGGGGGAAACGUUGUAUGUUCGACCAGUCGACCAUCUCGAUGAAUCCAAGGAUCAUUCCCAGGAUGAGACUGAUCGGGGUCUGUUCGAGAAGACACGCAGUCCUCCUGACGUUACCCCCACUGACGGAUCGACCGACGCGCCAGGCUCCUUCGCAGCCCGCCGGAAGAGAACACCCGUUGAUGGAGAAAAGGUGGGCAAGUACAAAGAUGUGCGCGGGUACCGGCUGCAUGCCGAACGUGGCUAUACUUUCUGGCGCUUCAGCGUCGAGGUCGAGCUGCGGGACAAGGAGCAGCGAAUCGCGUACCGCAUUAACCGCGGCCCUGCCACCGGCUUCUGGAUUCCAGCCAAGAACCAGUCCAUGAACAUCAUGUUCCACAGCUGCAACGGCUUCUCGGUCUCCGUGACCCCAGAUGACCUCAGCGGACCAGAUCCUCUAUGGCGCGAUGUACUCAACAACCAUCAAAGCCGCCCGUUUCAUGUCAUGCUCGGUGGUGGCGAUCAGCUGUAUUGCGACGCUGUGAUGAGAAAGACAGAACUCUUCCAAGACUGGUUGAUGAUCCGCAAUCCGCUUCACAAGCACAAUGCGCCUUUUACCCCGGAUAUGCAGGAUGAGCUUGAGGGAUUCUACCUGGAGCGUUAUUGCACGUGGUUCUCUCAAGGUCUGUUUGGCCUGGCCAACUCGCAGAUUCCCAUGGUCAACAUGUAUGAUGAUCAUGAUAUCAUCGACGGAUUCGGCAGUUACCCACAUCACUUCAUGAGCUCACCAGUGUUUUCUGGCCUCGGUAACAUUGCGUUCAAGUACUAUAUGCUUUUCCAGCACCAGAGCAUCGUCGACGAGACCGAGGAGACGGAGCCAAGUUGGGCCAUUGGUGUGAGGCCAGGCCCAUAUAUCCAAGAGCAGAGCCGCAGCGUCUUCCUGCGGCUGGGGGCCAAGAUUGCGCUAUUGGCAGUAGACUGUCGGACUGAGAGGAUGCGGGAUCAGGUUGUGCGCGAGGAUACUUGGGACAAGCUGAUGGAUCGCUGCUACAAUGAGAUCGUCAAGGGCAAGACGGAACACCUGCUCGUCCUGCUGGGAGUGCCAAUCGCUUAUCCGCGGCUAGUGUGGCUCGAGAAUAUCUUGACCUCCCGUCUGCUGGAUCCCAUCAAGGCUCUUGGCAAGACUGGACUUUUCGGUAAUGUAUUCAAUAAGUUUGACGGUGGCGUCGAGGUCUUGGACGACUUGGACGACCACUGGACCGCAAAGAACCACAAGGAUGAGCGCAAGAUCAUCAUAGAGGACUUGCAGGACCUUGCCGCGGACAGAUCGGUUCGCAUUACGAUUCUCGGCGGUGACGUCCACUUGGCUGCGAUCGGGCAGUUCUACUCCAACCCGAAGCUUGAGCUGGCCAAGCACAAGGAUUUUCGCUACAUGCCAAAUGUCAUCUCUUCCGCUAUAGUCAAUACACCGCCGCCAGACCUGAUGGCAGACGUCCUCAACAAGCGCAACAAGGUGCACCAUCUCGACAAGGACACCGACGAGGACAUGAUCCCGAUGUUUGCCCAUGGGGUUGAAGGCAAGCCAAGAAACAACAAGAGGCUUCUCCCUCAUCGCAACUGGUGUUCUAUCCGGGAGUACACCCCAGGGCAAACUCCGCCAUCGACACCGCCUGAAUAUGCGUACGACGCAGAGUCCCCCGCCGACUCCGUAGUCCGCCGAGACACUGGGUUGUCCAAUCAAGGAGUGACUCGGCGGCUUUCUAAGAAAAACCGUGGGCCUGCCCACCGUGCCGAUGUAAUCGACUCGCGGCCGCCCAUUUCCGGAUCAGGCGGGGCUGGAAUUUUCAGGUCGUUGUCUUCGCGUGGUCGUCGGUCCACACCGGACGUGCCCGCCGGGGACAAGCGUCCAGGCACGAAGAAGAGGACUCUGUCGCUGACGCGUGGGGACUUCGGCGGUAUCUUCCGUCGCAGAAGCGAGUCCCGAAACCGCUCACAGCCGGAUGAUGGCGGCAUCAACGGAACGUGGGGCGAGAGCGAUCCCGAAGUCGUCGCUCGGGACCGAAAUCAGGGCGACGAGGGAUACGACUUUGAUUACGAGGACAACACCUAUGACCAGCGGAACAGAGGCCACGGAUUCCUGGGCAGCAUCGGUCUUAGGGGAGGCGGCGGCCCGGGGGGUGGAGGCUCUUAUGACGAAUUCUCAGAUGGCGACGACUCAUACUUCACUACGCGCGCGCCUCAAAACACGCGUGCAAGCCAACCUGGGGUCAAUAAGGCGGCGCGGGUCCUUGGGACCGAGGCACUGAAUGCUUCGCGUCGUCAUGGAAGUCAACACCAGCCUCGUCAGCCGCAGCAGCCGCAGCAGCAAGGUGUCGAGCGGCCGUUCGGGGUGACGACCAAGAUAUCGGGUCCGGGCCAGGAUGAUGAUGAUGAUGAUGAUGAUGAUGAGCACUUUCAGCCCAAGCCGUUCCAGCGCACGCCCACGGGCUUGUCUGCCAAGCAGGUGCGCAAGAGGGCCAAGUCCUUCGACGUCAACAUAGAGGGCGGACUUGACAUUUGCCUGAACGUGGAGGUCUCGGCGAAAGACCCCGCGGGCAUCACGGUUCCGUACCGCCUAUUAGUGCCCAGGCUCUGGUACGAUGCGAGCGACGGCGAUGAGGUGGAGAUGCCGGAACGCGGGAGAGGCAAGAGCAGAGACGAACAGCCUGGGCCGAUCAAGCGAUUCUUUAGUCUGAGUCGUGCGAGAGGCACGAGUGUCAAGCGAGGUGGGAGUGCGCAGCCAGGCCGACAGAGGCGAGAGGCCGGUGAUGACCACCAGCCUGUGGUGAGUGGUCCGGCCCCCGGGACCGCGAUAUAA